AUGUCUAAGAAGGAGACUGAAAGGGAAAAGCUUCGUCAAUUGGAACUCUCGUUUGCAGCUAGAGAAGGAGAUAUACAGAGGGUGACACGUUUUAUCAAGCAGGGAGUGGAUGUCAACUGUAGCCGGAUUAAAGACACGCCACUUCACAAUGCAGCUAUAGGAGGACAUGUUGGUGUUGCUGAACUCCUCCUGAAGUAUGGAGCACUGGUGGACAGUAGAGAUACGUUUGAAGCCACGCCACUUCACUGUGCAGCUACAGGAGGACAUGUUGGUGUUGUUGAACUCCUCCUGAAGGUUGGAGCUUGGGUGGACUGUAGAGAUGUGUCUGGAGACACGCCACUUCACAAGGCAGCUUCAGGAGGACAUGUUGGUGUUGCUGAACUCCUCCUUAAGGCUGGAGCACGGGUGGGCAUUACGGAUCGGUCUGGAGAAACGCCACUUCACGAGGCAGCUUCAGGAGGACAUGUUGGUGUUGUUGAACUCCUCCUGAAGGCUGGAGCACAGUUGGACAGUGAGGAUCGGUAUUUAGCCACACCACUUAACAAGGCAGCUUCAGGAGGACAUGUUGGUGUUGCUGAGCUCCUCCUGGAGGCUGGAGCACGGGUGGACAGUUUGGAUGGGUCUGGAGAAACGCCACUUCACGCGGCAGCUUCAGGAGGACAUGUUGGUGUUGCUGAACUCCUCCUGAAGUAUGGAGCACAAGUGGACAGUGUGGGUUUGCUUGAAGCCACGCCACUUCACACGGCAGCUUCAGGAGGCCAUGUUGGUGUUGCUGAACUCCUCCUGAAGGCUGGAGCACGGGUGGACAGAGGGGAUGUGAGUGGCGAGACUCCUGAGGACAUAGCCGCAAGAGAAGACGUUCCAAACGAGGAUGAGAAAGAUCGCAUCCUGGAAGGAAGGAAGAGGAUUCUCGAGCUUUUUGCAGCAGCAAAGAUGGCAGACCCUUACAGGCGCGUAGUACGCAAAUUGGGUCCAGGAGGAGGUGAACUACAGACUGGGUCUUGUACAGUCACUGUACCUCCUGGAGCCGUCACCAUGGAAACAGAAAUUACCUAUCAGGUCAUCAACCCCAAUGACGUCACCAUCCCCUUGAAGGACGGAGAUAUGUUAAUGAGUGACAUCAUAGAGCUUGGUCCGCACGGGACAACCUUCCACCAACCUGUCACUGUACAGAUGCAGUACAGCAGCAUGUCGUCAGGUGGCGACACGGAAGCUGUCAUGUGGGUGACUGAGGACAGGUCGCAGUGGACAGAACUUACAACGAUUAAAAAAAUCGAGAACAAGCUUUCUGUGUUAGUGGACCACUUCUCCAUCUUUGCCGUCAUCAGUCAACCCAGACAAGACCAGUUUACUGUGUCUACAGAAGGGUGCAUCCUGACGUCAUCAACGCUACCUGCUGUAGAAGUGAAGUUCCCUGAAGGAUCUGUAAACACAGAGACACAAGUCACAAUACAGGUCCAAGAAGUUUCAGAAAGAGCAGUUGACGAAAUCAAGGCAAAGGACGAGUCAUUCCGAGGGCUUCUCGGCACCAGCCCGAUAGUCAAGGUGGAAACUGUGUCGGACUCUGCAGCCAAUUUCCACAAACCAGUCACAGUGCGAGUCCCAUAUCCUCAACACUGCAUGAACAUCCAACAUGAGGGGGGCACCAAGCUUAAAGUGAUGUCAUGUGAGGAGGGGACAGAAGACUGGGUAGAUGUGACUGACAGCACUAAAAUCACCCAUGUUACAGAGGAGUUUGUGGAGUUUGAAGUCAAUCAUUUUACCAGAUGGAUUGUAAUUGUUAUUGAUGACAUCUACCGCGACAAAGAAGUGCUUGGACAAAUGCCCUUACACCUUCUAUGCAAGUGGCUUCAACACCGUGCCGUUCAGUUCAUACUACUGCAACGAAAGUACGACAUGAAACAGGUCGUCAUAGAAUGCAAACCGGCUGAAGAUGCAGAAGUAGAACAUACAAAGCUCCUGGAAAAGGGUUACGAGGGUCCUUUGCCUUCGGACUCGGAAGAAGUGAGCACGGAUUGGAAGGACUUGGCCUUCCAUCUGGGAUUGAAGCGCGCGGACAUCGCAAACAUUGCCGGCAGGAACCCCGACGACAAGUCCCGCUGCAUGGACAUGUUGCAGAAGUGGAAGAAGCUGAAUGGAGACGCCGCUGCCACUGAGGUCCUGAUGAAGGCUCUGUCAGAGGCAGGGCUCCAAAGCGUUGUGGAUGGUCUAGAUUCACAUCUAACUCAAAUGGGUAGACAUGGGUAA